AUUAGUCGUCGAUCAGACGAAAUCGGCGAUUGACGAAAAACAAACACUCGGGGUAAAGAAUUACAGUAUCGGAUUGUUGGAUAACCAAGUCGACGUCGGGUACCUGUUUCGUUCUGUUCCGACACGCGGAAUCCACAAGAACUGUGAAAGCGUGGACCGUCAUCAUGUAUUAACUUUUUAGCAGGGUGAAACUGAUGUCACCACUAGCAAUCGAAGACGAAGGGUUAGUUAUGAAGCACGUACCCGAUGGUAGGACGGAUCUCGACUGUCUAGGUGCGGUUCUUUUUAUACCCAUUAUUUUACUUUCAGAUGAUAUAUCGUCUUUUAUAACGAACUACAUUCCAACGAACAUGUGUAGAUGGAGGCAAGUGCAAAAUACGUACAGCCAAUGCGGCCACGUUGUACGCUUACCCGACGAAAUGAUUUAUUGCGACGACCGAUUUUGCAAGUUCUCUGCCGCUCAUCCUUCGAAUUGCGGACCCAACUGUUCAAAGACCUGUUGGCAACGACGACAGUUUCCUGAACAGUACAAUCCUUUAAUUAACAGCAGUUGCCCGAGUUGCAAGGCCGGCGCUAGUGGCAGUGGCAGACGAUACUGAAUUCAAUACGGACGAGGAACGAGGUAAUAAUUGGCGGAUGCCUAGCACGCUGUACGGUGAAAGAGAUGCCCAAUUGACGCGUGGUACUCUGUUAUUUAGAGUGGGGUAUAUAAUGUUAACACCGACGAACCAGUUACGACUCACAAGGGUUACUUACAAAAUACAAUGACAUAUUCUGUAUUGCGACCGAGAUGAAACGCAGGUG